GAACUUGCCGGGCAGCACAGCGCGGCGAGGUGCACAGCUACAGGAUAAAUCUGUGCAAAUUAAAACCAAUUUACGAAGUUGUGCGUUUCCGUGCAGUCGAGGUUAAAAAUGUCUGCAAUGGGGACUCUCGCCUUCGAUGAAUAUGGAAGGCCGUUCAUCAUCAUAAAGGAUCAGGAUACGAAAUCUCGCUUGACUGGCCUGGAAGCUCUGAAGUCACACAUUAUGGCAGCUAAAGCUGUUGCCAACACCCUGAAAACAUCACUGGGCCCAAAUGGACUAGACAAGAUGAUGGUGGAUAAGGAUGGUGAGGUGACUGUGACCAAUGAUGGUGCGACCAUUCUUGGCAUGAUGGAUGUUGACCACCAGAUUGCCAAGCUCAUGGUUGAACUCUCCAAGUCUCAAGAUGAUGAAAUUGGAGAUGGUACCACUGGUGUUGUUGUCUUGGCAGGAGCUCUGCUUGAGCAGGCCGAACAGCUGUUGGACCGAGGUAUUCACCCCAUCAGGAUUGCAGAUGGUUAUGACCAGGCUGCAAGGAUUGCCAUUGAACAUCUCGACAAGAUUGGAGAUAGUUUCCCAGUGGAUGCCAACAACACAGAACCACUCAUUCAGACAGCCAUGACCACACUUGGAUCAAAAGUGAUCAACCGAUGCCACAGACAGAUGGCAGAGAUUGCUGUCAAUGCCAUCUUGACAGUGGCAGAUAUGGAGAGGAAGGAUGUUGACUUUGAGCUUAUCAAAGUGGAAGGAAAGGUUGGUGGUAAACUCGAGGACACUCAGCUCAUCAAAGGUGUCAUUGUGGACAAAGAAUUCAGCCACCCUCAGAUGCCCAAGGUACUGAGAAACACAAAAAUUGCCAUCCUCACCUGCCCGUUUGAGCCACCCAAGCCCAAAACAAAGCAUAAGUUGGACGUAACCUCAGUGGAGGACUACAAAGCUCUGCAGAAGUAUGAAAAGGAGAAGUUUGAGGAAAUGAUUAGACAGGUCAAGGAGAAUGGGGCAAAUCUUGCCAUUUGCCAGUGGGGAUUUGAUGAUGAGGCCAAUCACUUGCUCCUGCAGAAUGAACUUCCUGCAAUCCGCUGGGUCGGUGGACCGGAGAUUGAGCUCAUUGCCAUUGCUACUGGAGGCCGUAUUGUACCCAGAUUCUGUGAGCUGACGCCAGAAAAGUUGGGCACUGCUGGGCUGGUGAAGGAAAUCUGCUUUGGGACCACUAAAGACAGAAUGCUGGUUAUUGAGGAGUGCAAAAACUCCAGAGCCGUGACCAUCUUCAUCCGUGGGGGAAACAAAAUGAUUAUUGAAGAGGCUAAAAGAGCUCUUCAUGAUGCUUUGUGCGUCAUCCGAAACCUCAUAAAGGAUAACCGCGUUGUUUACGGUGGUGGUGCCUCAGAGAUUUCCUGUGCUCUUGCAGUCAACCAGGCAGCUGAUAAGUGCCCCUCUUUGGAACAGUAUGCCAUGAGAGCUUUUGCUGAUGCUAUGGAGGUUAUCCCUAUGGCACUUGCAGAAAACAGUGGUUUCAACCCCAUUCAAACAAUGACAGAGGUCAGAGCCCGACAAGUCAAAGAGAGCAACUCCGCACUUGGAAUUGAUUGCCUACAAUUAUCAACAAAUGACAUGAAGCAACAACAUGUGAUUGAAACCCUCAUUGGAAAGAAACAGCAGAUUUCUUUGGCCACUCAAGUAGUCAAGAUGAUUCUGAAGAUUGAUGACAUCAGAGGCCCUGGCGAGUCUGAAGACUAAGCAUUGUGUAGCUAUGUUGAAAUAAAUGGUCUCAAGCACUUCUAAAGGAAUUUCGGAACCUUCGUACUGUUAUUUAUCAUUUGAUACAGUUGGUCUGCAAUGUAGUACUGAAGUGAACAUUAAAAUGUUGUUUUGAGAUUUGAGUGUC